UUUCAUCACCUAGUCAUACAAACAGGACAAGACUCAAAAGAAAAAGUUAGAGACCUGCUGAGACUAAACCAUCCAUAGUAUCUACUGCGGGACCCAGAACACAACAGAGGGGUCAUACCAUGAUAGAGAGUGACAAAGAGCUGUCGGCCAAGGUCCAGGAGCUAUGGGACAACGAUAUCAACAGACUCCAACCUGGAAUUGAUUACAGGAUCUCUCUGCAGGGGAAAGCUGGAGACAGCAUGGCCAUCAACGACAGCAACGAUAUAGCAGGAUAUCCUCUGUUUACAUUUGUUGAUGAGAACAUUUUCAAAAAAGAGACUUUUUCAGCCUUUAUCUCCCUGUUGGACAACUAUGAGAGUGACACUGGAGAGCCUGAAAUUGUAACCCCUGAGGAGGAGGCAGAGAACCACAAGUUCCUUGAUGCCAUCAUUCAGACUCCUGUUAUGAAGAUAGCUCAUAAAUACCUGGUAGAGAAGCACCUCUCUCCUGAAGACGAGGCACAGUUCAAGGAGCAGCUGUACAGGAUCUGGUUUGAACUUUAUGCCAGGAGAGGAUCUAGCAGGCCAGACUCCUCAGGGUUCGAACAUGUGUUUGUUGGAGAAACCAGAGGUGGUCAAACUGUCAUCGGGUUUCACAACUGGAUCCAGCUCUAUCUACAGGAGAAGCUGGGACACAUUGACUACAAAGGUUACAGCAUCAAUGCAAAUUCACCUCAGCCGGACCAAAACAAACACAUCAUGGCGCUACAGUUCAGCUGGAAGAAUGGCAUAAAGCCCAAAGGCAGCAUCUUCAUUGGCGUCAGUCCCGAGUUCGAGUUUGCUCUCUACACUCUCUGUUUCCUUUCCUCGCCCAAUGAGCACGUCAAAGUCCAGUUCAGUUUUUACCAUGUGGAGAUUGUUUGCCACCACUACAACCAAAAGCACAUAGGCACCACUUACCCUGUGCUCCUUAAGUACCGGAACCCUGAGUAG